CUGCGACUUGACGUCACUUUAUAGAGGGUGACAAGCUGAAAGAAUGGACUAACGUAAGGUUUCACAGGGGUGCAUUGAGGAUUUGCGCCAUUGCGUAUGCCAAUGCCGGGGAUAAAGAUGGAAGAACAAGGAAAUGGGGUAGGGAUACACAAUAUUUACAUGCAGCCUUCUCUCGUCUGGAUCUUAAUCGGAGCAUCAACCUUCAACAGGAAACACAAUCCGCAUAAAACGAAACAAAAAUGGCUUCUCAAGAAUCAGGCCAGAACAACAACAUCCAAGACGAGAGCUUCAAGGAGCAGCUUGACAAGGCUGCGGACAGCACCCGUGAACUGGAGAAUCAGAAACCCAAUCCUGUUAUUGAGAAGAUCACAGAAUAUGUUCCAGCUGCAGCCAAGAUCCUGCCCGCUCGUCAAAGCCCACCCAAGGAGGAAGACAAGCCACCGGGACCACCAGAGCGGCCGCAUCACGAUGACAAAAUCGAAGACUUUGUAAGGGAUCAGCACAGAAGUCAGGGUGUUGAUGGAAUUUUGGGCGAUUCUCCCAACGAUGAGUGAUAGGAUUUUUUGCGGCUUUUGGGGAUAUCGGCGCUGUACAAUAGGGCGUUUGCCUACAACGUAAUGAAUUCAUGAUUCACGUGUCUAGAAGUCGAAUUUGACAUGAAGCCGGUGCAGUGCGACUUGUGAAGGUGUCUUGGAUAUGGACGCUAGCUUGGUCGCUAGGAACACGAUCCAAUAACGGUCUUGAGCCUCAUCAGCUUAAUCCUUACGACAAGGCAAAGCUCGCUUAGGUAUUGGUCUGCAGGAACGAAGUCGAGACGCAGGCUGAAGAGCCGCAUCUCGAAACAAGGUCUCGCAUCCAUAGCAGCGCGAAGUUCACGACGCGAAAUUUUACAGCUGAGAUCUCUCAGUCAAACACCUAAUGAGCAACACGAGUUUACGCGACACCACACUGAUUAGUAUCAGCAGCGCGAAAUUUACUAAAAAUCCUUUUCAGGAUGAUGAAAUGUCCCCCCUUCUUGGCAUUACACCGCCUACAGACAUCGUUGCGAAACAACGACCUGACGGAGAAUUUCCUAUAUCCAAGGGUUAUAAUCUACUGAGCGUUUCCCGCAAUGGGAAAGGCAACGCGACACCGUGGGAGGUGACCCAGAGGUCAGGUGAAGGUCGUGGCGGCUCAGAAAACAUUAAAAAAUGCUUUUUGAUCUAAGGAGCAAAAGUAAAAGAGAUCGGGAAAAGUGCGAGUUUAUAUACCCCAAGAAUUUCUGAGUGGGGCUGCCGUUUAGGUUAGUCAGCAGAGAUUCUUCAAAGAUGGUUGGGUAUGGGUCAUUUACCCUAUAAUUCAGAUGAAGUCCAGCUGGAUUAGGCUCUGUAUGGAAGGGGGCGGAGUUGUUGUCAUGAUCGCGAUACCUUCAUAUUAGAUUAUGUACUUAUAAGAGAUUUCAAGGAUCUCCUUGGAAUUUAAUACUACCCUGCUUAUUAAGGAACCGGUAUAACAAGGAAACCAAAAGUAAGAGCAGCAACCUCCUAUUUCCCAUACAAUCGCGAUACAAGGAAGCCCAACGUACCCCAAUAUACCCCAUAGAAAACAAUGACCGUACGUUUUUAGCCUCGACUGAUCUGAGGAGGAACCUGAAGCUUAAUUAAGCACCUCUACCACUAUCAGAAGGUCCAUGCAGGACCUCGCUGUACUCGAUCAUAACCUCGAAAGCGAGAUGGAACGAUGUACGAAACCCAUGGACUGGGGUAAUCUGGAUGCUGGUUCCAAAUGGAAUGAUAACCAGAAUAAUGUGUCAUUCGUUGGGGCAGUUUAUGUCCUUGUUCGAUAUCUGUUAGAACAGAUCAGUUUCGCGUUAGAAACAACAUGACAAUCACAUUGUCCACAUACCUCGAGUGUCCUUGUGGUGGUCCUUCUUCUGUCCCUUACACAUAUGAUAGAACGCUAGGACACAACUUGGGAGGUUGAUGAUAGUCCCCACGAUAGAGAUGAUAGCUUCUGCAGACAAAGCCAU